UCAAAUAUUUUAAAACUACUACUAAAUGUUUUUUAAUUAUGUAUAAAUUGAUGGUAUAUGAUUUGAAGUUUUAUAAUUUAAUAAAAAAAUGUAUAUUGCAUUCAAAUGGCUACUCGGUAUGGUUGUGACCAUGUGGGUUUUAUUAUGUUCUCUUGACAUAUACUGGAAGAAAAGUGUGAAAAAAUAUUUUGAAUAUGACUUUCAAAAGCUAUUGCUACCAUUCUACAAAAAUACAAGUAUUAUACAAGAAAACUUCUUUGAAACGAAAGACGAAAUAAAAGUAUCUAAUGAUAAUCUACAUAAUAAUAUUUAUCUUCAAUUUUUUAUGUGUUUUGCUGGCGUCUGUAUGGUUUUAAUAGUUAAUAAAAAAGAUGAAAUUAUAACAUUUACGAAAAGAAAAUUAAUUGACUUAAAUUUUGAUAUAAUUGAAGCCUAUUUUCGGAUAAAAUGUAUAUGUUUGAGAAAAACCGCCAAAGAAAUUAGUGAUACCAUAAUAAAAAUUAUAAAAAAAAUAUAUUCACGACUUAAAGUAAACAAAGGUCGUAAUAUUAAUUUAAUUUUGAUAAAUAAAUUGGAAGAAAUGAACCAAGAGCGCAGAAAUUUAAAUCACAUUUUAAUGCCUGUAAUUCAAGAAAACAAAAAUAUAAGAAUGCAAUAUCAUUUAAAGCCAAUUUGUAAUAAUAAAAGUAUAGUUUAUAAUGUAUUUUCACAAAAACCAAUAUUGGAGAACCGAUCCAUAAAUGUGGGUUUUCAAAAAUUGUAUUUAGUGACUCACCGAGAAAAUAUUUUCUUAAAAACAAGACUAAAAAAUAUAACACAAGAAAAAGAAGAUGUUGAACGAAAACUAAUUGAAUUAAUAAAUCGAGUUUGCCAAUCGAAGAACAAUGAUCUCAAAGUUUAUUGCAGUCAGUUCAUAGUUCAAACUAAGAAUAAUUUGCUAAAUUCCGAUGUAAAAGCUGAAAUACAAAAAUUUCUUGAAAAAUCUUCUGAUCAUAAAACAUGGCUUUCAAACAAUAGGCGAAUUAAUUCUUUAAAACUAACGGAGCUUAUUAACAGUUCAACUACCUUAAAAGAAUACACUCCAAAAUUAAAAUGCGUGUCCGAGACGCAGAUUCAAAACUACUUUUGGACAGUGAAAAAUAAAGAUGGAAUUAUUGAAAAACUUUACGAAUAUGGUUGUGACUUUCAAAAUGGCGAUACGGUCAGAAGAAUAAGACAAUAUUCAGUAUAUUAUGAUACAGAACGCUUCGUAGACUUAUCUAAUUCUACGACGCUUAUUAAUAAUCCAAAGGCAGAUAUAUCGAAUUUACUUUAUGUCACAAACCAAAGGUUUUUAUCUGGUUCGCAAGCAUUUAAAAACUUUCUGCAAAAUAAUAAAAGUAUUGUAGUGAAACGACCAAGAUCGCCUAAUUCAACAAUAUGUAUAGCGAUUUAGGUUUGUUUUAAUAGUUUCCAACAAUAAACGAAUA